CUCCUUCGCUCUGCUCUGUGCUGUCCCUGCUGAAACACAAAUUAUAUUCAACUCAGCUCCGCUCGGAAGAUGAGCAGCGGAUGGUGCUCGAGGUCUUCUCCCUUUUUUAAUGAAAAGCAUUUUGUCAGGCACAGUUUUGUCAAGGCUGUAGAGCAAAUAUUGACUCCUACACUAAUCGCCGUCUUUUCUGAAUCAAGUUACUCUUCUUUCCUCUGAAGCAAAAGCCCUGAAUGGAAGGUUGUGAGACAGACUGGGAAUAAAAGCUUGAAUCUCACUACGAAGAGCAGCGCUGGAACAAAAAUAAAUGAAAACGAACUCAUCAAAAGGAGAGGAAGCUACAAGUACGGUGGAUUAUCUGUGGGCAUUUGAUGACCAAGCUCAUAGAGGACUUUUAUUUGCUUCUCACUCAGCAUACACUCAGCUUGUUCUCAACACAUCCCCGGGACUGACUGGACGCUUAUCUCACAAGUCAGAAACAGCAUGCUUUAGAGCUCGGAGGGGUAAUGUGGUGGCAGAUAAGGAGUCUCUACUCUAAAGAAAACAACUACUUUCUUCCCUCUCAUUCCUCCUCUAUCCUUCUGUUCCUUUUUCACAUGAACACAUAUGAUUUGUGUUCAUAUUCCUACUACUGGCUAUUUUUAAUUCACCUUGCUACCUUUCCCUGUUUCUCUAACUGAUCUCUUUCACUCUUCAAAUUCUUUACCUCACAAAUUCAUUUUUUUCCUCAUGUCUUAACCAGCUUUCCUUCUGCAAUUUCAUCCUAUCCUGCACCUCACCCCUCUGACUUUCCACUUGUUUUAUCUCAUCUCUCUUGAUAUUUUUCCCCUCUUUCCCCAUAUUUACCUUACUGCUUUCUCCAUUUCAAAUCGUCUUCUGCCCCUUACCUUCGCCUGAGUGCAGACGGCACUCAUUGCAUACAAACUGCACACUCUCACACAUCUCCUCCUCACACAACCUGCUCCUCUCACUGAUUCUCUCACCUCACUCAUAAACAGCCGUCCCGUUCUGUCACGAUGUACUCCUCCGAGGAGCUGUGGAACUCCACCGAGCAUGUCUGGAUCAACGGAUCCGAGGCAAACUUCUCCCUGGGAAGACAUGAGGACGAUGCUGAUGAGGAGGGAGAUCAGCAUCCUUUCCUCACAGACGCCUGGCUGGUCCCUCUGUUCUUCUCCCUUAUCAUGCUGGUCGGACUGGUGGGCAACUCUCUGGUUAUUUAUGUCAUUUCCAAACACAGGCAGAUGAGGACAGCAACCAACUUCUACAUAGCAAACCUGGCUGCCACUGACAUCAUCUUCCUGGUGUGCUGCGUCCCCUUCACCGCCACCCUCUAUCCCCUCCCUGGAUGGAUCUUUGGCAACUUCAUGUGCAAAUUUGUCGCCUUUCUGCAGCAGGUGACAGUACAAGCCACCUGUAUCACCUUGACAGCUAUGAGUGGAGACCGCUGUUAUGUGACAGUCUACCCUCUGAAAUCUCUGCGCCACCGCACCCCAAAAGUAGCCAUGAUUGUCAGCGUCUGCAUUUGGAUUGGCUCCUUCAUUCUGUCCACCCCGAUUCUGAUGUACCAGCGUAUAGAGGAGGGUUACUGGUAUGGCCCGAGGCAGUACUGCAUGGAGAGAUUUCCCUCUAAGACACAUGAGAGAGCUUUCAUCCUCUACCAGUUUAUUGCUGCCUACCUCCUGCCUGUGCUCACUAUCUCCUUCUGCUACACUCUGAUGGUGAAGAGGGUCGGCCAGCCCACUGUGGAACCUGUAGACAACAAUUAUCAGGUGAACCUCCUCUCUGAGAGAACAAUCAAUAUCAGGAGCAAAGUCUCCAGGAUGGUAGUGGUGAUCGUCCUCCUCUUCGCCAUCUGCUGGGGUCCCAUCCAGAUCUUCGUCCUUUUCCAAUCUUUCUAUCCAAACUAUCGUCCCAACUACGCCACAUACAAGAUCAAGACAUGGGCCAACUGCAUGUCCUACGCCAACUCCUCUGUCAACCCUAUAGUUUAUGGCUUCAUGGGAGCCAGCUUUCAGAAGUCCUUCAGGAAAACCUUCCCCUUCCUGUUCAAGCACAAAGUCAGAGACAGCAGCAUGGCUUCGAGGACUGCCAAUGCCGAGAUCAAGUUUGUAGCUGCAGAAGAAGGCAACAAUAAUAAUGGAGUGAACUGAUUCAGACCAUUGAAAUUAGGCAGAAUGAGAUUAUUGUUUGUAUCCAAAGCUCGGAGAAAAUUAUAAUAAUGAUAAAUGCCGGCCAUGAGUUCACUGUGUAAAAGCCUUCAUAGAGCAACUGGCUAAUUUCAAAGGUACACACCGUGCUUUGGCAGACAUGUUCUAAUUUUUGUUAAUGAAUACAGCUGAUUAACAAACUGAUGUGGGGAAACACAGACAAACAGUACAGGUGGACACAAGAGUGUUUGGCACAAUAUGUUACCUGUUCCACUGCCAAGGCCAGCCAGUGUUGGCGUACAACAUGAACCAGUGUUCUGUCAAACACCACAGACAAAUAAAAGAAGAGAGUAACGCACAUCUGAUGAAGAAAGAGGAUCAUUUGGCCUGAAAGCUGCUGGCAGGAGUCCUAAUCCCUGUAAGAUCUCAUCAGGUCUGCAGCUUUGUAUAAACAGUUCAGCAUUUGAACAGAUGAUGAUUACAUACAGUGUAUUAGACCACAUCGGAAAAGACUGAACACUAAAGGUUGAAUGGUGAAUUUUGAAUGAAGAUUCUAAUUUAACACUAUGGAAUGGAUGUUUGUGGAUUUGUUUUUGUUUUUCUAUGUGGAUGACAUUUGUUUCUUCACUGGAAUCAGAGAGAAUAAUUUAACUGGACACACUUUCUGUAUCUAUCAUUCAGACAAACAGUGAUUUUGUGUUUCAAACCAAUAGUCUGACAUUUUGAAAAUACACAUAUUUACUUUCUUUGCAGGAAGUGGGACCUUCUCUGCUAACUCUCUGCAAAGAAAGUAAAUUGAUGCAGGGAGAAAUAGCUGGCUUUGCUCUCUGCUGAUUAAAAAAAAAAUGCACCUACCAAAAUCUCUAAGCUCAACAAUUAACAUAUACCUUGUUGUUUUAAAAUUAUUCCAUCAAGGAACAGUGGAGUUAUGUGACGAUCAGCGUACAUUUGCUUGUCUGUCUCAAAAACAGAUUAGUGGAUAUGGAUGAAAUUUUCAGGGAAGGUCAGAAAUGACACAAGAACUCAUACUGAAGUUAUUGUGAAUGGGGAUUUGCAGCUUGUUAAUAGCAUUCACUUAAAAAAAAAAGAUGGACUCCCUGUGUCAGCUCACUGACUAGUAUAAUUAUAUAAGAAUUAAUGUAUUGUAUUUUCGACUUUUUGUGCCGUCAUUUCCAGCAAUGUUUUGUGUUUUUUGGCUGUCCAUCUGUCCGUACAUCUGUCCCAUUCUCAUAAAUCGAUUGAAUAAUGAAUUGAUUAGAAGUUACAGGUGAAAGGUCACUGUGUCACAAGACUCACAAAACACAUAUUUGGCCAAAAAUCAAGAAUUCGCAAUCAUGACAAAAUUUGACAAACAUGGAGAAAAUGAUGACGUGAUGACUUUUUAGAUCCAAAAGGCGUAAAUGCAAUAUGACUAUGUGGUGGAGGCAUACAACUGCAAGGCCCUAAUUCUGUUUAACCCUUAAAUGACCAGCGUUCUUAUCAUACAACCAUCUUUAGCUUUUGCAACUAUGUAUCUCUAAACCUGACAGUAAACAUUCUGUCCAUUUUUUGUGAGGUGGAUCUGCAGGGUGGAGCAGCUCUUCUUUUUGCAACCCAAACAACCAAAACACACACUCCUCAGUUAAUGCAUCUCCAUGGAGGUUGCUGUUGAGGCAAUAUCCAUCUGUAUUAGUUGCAAAUACAGUGGAACAAGAUGACUUACUUUUCCACCUUCAGCCAGCUGUGGACUUGUGAGGUCAACGCUCAAAUAUUAUGGCUUUCUGUUUGUUAAGAAUCCAGUGAAAGGUAGCAUCCAGCUGAAUGUUUGAGUUUCUCUGCUGCCAAGUGUGAUUAGUGGAAGGUGAAAGGUAGCAUCCAGCUGAAUGUUUGAGUUUCUCUGCUGCCAAGUGUGAUUAGUGGAAGGUGAAUGAGGCAGGGGUCACAACCGGUGAAGCACAGAUGGUGUUUAUUUUUCUUUUGUGUCCCACACACAGACGUUCCCAUCCAGGUGUUGUUUAUUGGAAUCAGCUGUCACAUCUUCUCUGAGAAGCACCCUUGCACAAUCGUGCUCAGACUAAGCUUCAAACGGUGGAGGUGACUCAUAUGGCCGGUGCCCCAUGGUGGGAGAGCAUUUCUAAGGAUUUGUAACGCGUUCAGAGAGCAGCCAUCUGGUUAUAGAAAUACAGCAUAUCACAGUUAUAGAUCUACAAGGCCUUUGCCAGCUCUCCACUGUCUAUAUACAGUCCUUUUCUAUCCAUCCCACGCACGGACAUUCAAAACCAGAAUGCCAAUCAUGGCCCAUAGAAAAUCUGUUAAUGCAAUUUUCAUUUGAAUUGCAGAUACUGUAGGACUUGCUGUCAUCAGCAGUCCAUCUGGAUGACAUUAAAGUCUCUUGAAAGGAAACCAAAGAGCUUUUGGCUGCUAUAAUUAGUCAUAAACAGGUAACAGGAAGGGUGCCAUUAACUGAGAGAAACAGCAGGCAUAUUUUGUGAAAAGAAGAAGAUAAACAUUUAGUUACAGCCUCUGAAUAUAACUAAAGUUAAUGUAACCUGACAUGCUUAUCAGUAGAUACUAAAGAUAUGUAACACAGGAUACAGUUACAUGAAUCAACCAAUUUUUGCUCUGGUUAAAGCAAAUAUCCUGACUUUCCUUUUUAUUAAAAUGAAUUUGAGCUGUUCUCUUUUAGGGCUGCACAGUGGCUUGGUGAUUAGCACUUUCACCUUGCAGCUAGAAGAUCCCUGGGAUCUUUCUGCAUGGAGUUUGCAUGUUCUCCCUGUGCAUGCGUGGGUUUUCUCCAGGUACUCCUCCCACAGUCCAAAAACAUGAUGAGGUUAAUUGGUAAUUCUAAAUUAACCGUGGAUAUGAAUGUGAGUGUGAUUGUUUGUCUCUGUAUGUAUCCCUGUGAUAGACUGGUGACCUGUCCAGGGUGCCCCCUACCUUCAACCUAAGUCAGCUGGGAUAGACUCCAGCCCCCACGACCCUAAUGAGGAUUGAGUGGUGUAUAGAUAAUGUUUGGAUGUUCUCUUUUAGUAGGAUGUGAUUAAAGCUCCAUCUAUAAUUAUAAUGUCAUAAAAAGGCAGCCAACAGAAGGACAUGUCACUCAGAGUCCUCAGCAAAUGGAAUAAAUUACACUGUACAAAGUGCAUUGGAAGGCCAUUUAUUUUCAACUGAAUGCUGCUGUAAAACAUGCCUUAACAUGUUUAAUGCUAAUGACUGCUUAUUGCUUUUUAAUGUGUACUAAUUGUGCUUGUGUUCCUCCACAUGGCGCAAUGUGCAUCCAUUAGGACCAAAGUCAUGAAUAAUAUGUACAUUACUGUGCAAACGUCUGAUGCACUUCAGAUGUUGAGAUUCUUAUUUGUCACACAAAACCAACAGGGAGGCAUCUCAUCAGUCCUGAAAUUAUUCUGCAACAUGACAACGAUCUCAAACCUACAGCUGGAGUCAUGAAUAACUUCAUAGCAAGGAGUCCUGCAGCAGAUAGUGCAGCCUCCACAGAGCGCUGAUCCCAACAUCAUGGAGUCAUUCUGGGUUUACAGGAAGAGACUGAGGACACUGAGACAGACGGAAUACACAGAAACGAUGCUGAAUAACCAACCUGCUGACUACAUCGAAAAACUGUGCUGUUGUGGUCUAAAGGACAAGGGUGGUGACACCAGAUAUUGAUUUGAUGGGGGCGUUUUGUGUUUACUGGACUUUAUAUUGUGUUAUUAAGUAAAAUACUAUUCAUGGUCUUAUUUUUUGAAAACAUUCUCACUUUAUUUUUACUGCUCUACGGGUUUGCUCAGCACUGUAUGUUUUGUUACGCUUCUUCAGAGACUGUGAUUCUGUUGUAUGUCUGCUCUGGUUCAAACUAAUUUUCUGUCUACGUUUGGCUUUAACCUCCUUGUACAAUAAAAUAUGGUCACAUUUCGA